CCGGCCCGGGCCUCGGAACGUCGGCGCAGCCUGCUCGCGAGACCGCUUGAAUUCGCGAACCGUUUGGGAGCCCGCUCCGGAUCAGACCGGCUGUAGCCGGCGCCGGGUGGCGGCUCUACUGGCUGGUGGCAGGGAGAAGAUGGACGAGGAGGAAGCAAGCCCUCGGGCCGUUCGCCGGAAAGCACAUCCUCGGUUUCCAUCUUCGGCCUUCAGCUCGAAGCCGGAGCCGUCGGCGUGAACCAGCGGGCGGCUGCUCCAAUCGCCAGGCACGUUCGGCGCGAAGCACAGCCUGUUGUGUGUCCAAACACACACAGCUCCAGGAUUGACUCUCCAUACACGCAACAAAUUCAUGGGCUUGAAGGAUCACUCAGUGACUGAGAACAGCACAGUUCUUAGACUUCUACAUCUCAAUGUGGAAAACACUAACAACCCGCUAAACGUGAUUACAUCUUGGUCAGUAGUGGAUAAAAUAGCAAUGGAUAAAGGAUAUUCCAAUACAGAGCAUUUUAAAGAAUGGGAAGUGCAAGACACAGACAGCUCUGGUUCAGACAGUGAAUUGGAGCAGUUAGGAAUUGCCAUGUUGGAGACCAGUUCUAAUAUGAAACAGUUUUGUCAGUCACCUAGUGUGGAAUCAAAACUACUGAAAUGCAACGAGCUUCUGCAAGACUUUAAAAUUGAUACUGAAACAAAACCAAAGGAUGAUUUACGGAUUACAGAUGAAGACAAAGUUUACAAAACCAAAAUGGAGUUUGCACUGAAACUGGGAUAUUCAGAGGAACAACUGCAGUUGGUCCUGAACAAGUUAGGAACUGAUGCCUUGCCCAAUGAUAUACUAGGUGAACUUGUGAAACUGGGGAACAAAAUUAAUUCUGAUGCCUCCUGUGGCAAAAGUACUCCUGGAACUAUAAAUCUACGAGAUACAGCAUCAACAGAUUCUCAGCGAUCUGAUUCUCCUGUAGAAGAUGUGAUGGAUGAUGGGAAUAAUCUAAAACCUAUAGUAAUUGAUGGCAGUAACGUGGCAAUGAGUCAUGGCAAUAAAGAAGUAUUCUCCUGUCGAGGGAUUAAAUUAGCAGUGGACUGGUUUUUGGAAAGGGCCCAUAAAGAUAUUACUGUGUUUGUACCUGCCUGGAGGAAGGAACAGUCGAGACCUGAUGCCCUCAUCACAGAUCAAGAAAUCCUGCGCAAGUUGGAAAAGGAUAAAAUACUUGUCUUCACGCCAUCUCGUCGGGUGCAAGGGCGGAGAGUUGUUUGUUAUGAUGAUCGCUUCAUCGUGAAACUGGCUUAUGAGUCAGAUGGUAUCAUUGUAUCAAAUGAUAACUACAGGGAUUUGCAGAAUGAGAAGCCAGAAUGGAAAAAAUUCAUUGAUGAGAGAUUACUUAUGUAUUCUUUUGUUAAUGACAAAUUUAUGCCACCAGAUGAUCCCCUGGGUCGCCAUGGACCCAGCUUAGAUAACUUUCUAAGGAAACGACCUGUUGUACCAGAACAUAAGAAGCAGCCUUGUCCAUAUGGAAAAAAGUGCACUUAUGGUCAUAAAUGUAAGUACUAUCAUCCAGAAAGAGGUACACAGCCUCAGCGUUCUGUGGCAGAUGAACUACGUGCUAGUGCUAAGAAUUCAAUAAUGAAAACAAAUGAAGGAUUGGUGAAGAGCAACAGUGUUCCAUCUAACAGUAAAACUGAGGCUACAUUUGAUAUCAGAUGUAUAGCUCCAAAACGACAAUCUGAUCCAAGUAUUCAAACCCCUCUUUAUAAUGCAGUUGAAGAGAAACUUAGCAAUAAAACCAGACUGGAAACCAGGUCUGUGCCCUCUCUCAUUAGUGCAUCCAAUGCUUCAGCUGCAUUAAUCCCAGGUAGUGCCAGAUCAGGUUCUGGCAUGCACUUUGUGACACAAGAACAAGGAAUGCCAUUACAGUUUCCAGCAAUUCUAGUAAAUAGUCCCCAUGGAACACACAUGUCAUAUAAUAACCAACGCCCAAAGUGUGACUCUCCUGUUGAUGGAAGUUAUUAUUCUAUGAUGAAUCCUUAUCCUAAUCUUACUUUACCUGGUACACACAGCCCUGACCAGUUUUCUGUGGAUAAACAAUACAGAUUAAACGAGGUAGGUUCUGAAUGCAGCAGUGAAGGUAGUGUCAGCUGUGGUAGCAGUGAUUCAUAUGCUGGAUAUAAUGAGCAUGCCUACCGAAGUUCUCCUGUUAUAAUGCUUGAGGAAAACCUUAAAUGUCCUCAGCUUCAUAAGCAACAUCAACCCCUUCAUCACGGAUAUCAUGAUGAUUUAACGAGAGUUCCAGCUUACAGUAAAGAAGAGCAAAAGUCAAUGCACAAAGCUGCAGUCCCUUGCAUGACAUCACAUUUGCCACACACAGUGAUUGGAGCUCAGUCCAAUUGUCCAGGUGAAUAUUGUACAGUAUCUCAUAAUGCUCAUCACCCUCAGAAUAUGCAUAUGAGAACAGCAGUAGGAACUGCAAGGGUAGAAAGCUUUCCAGACUUGCAUUUGUAUGAAAAUCAACCAGUGAGACAAAGAAAACCUUGCGUAGAUCAGGAAAUGUAUGCCAAUUGGAAUAGGUUUGGUUAUAGUGUGGACAUUUGCAAUUACCUACAGGGAUUUUCAUUACCUAAUAAUCCCACGCAGCUAUGCUAUGAUCAAUUUACAUUCCAAAGCCUACCUGAGAAAAGGGAACAAACCUGGAGGAUGCCAUGGAGUGGUCUACCAAUUGAGCAUCUGAAUUCACAAAGAUUUCCGGAUGCUCGUGAAAAGGUCUUCACAAAUUUGUGCAACAUAUUUCCAUCUGAACUUGUACGGAUGGUGAUGAAAAGAAAUCCUCACAUGAUCGAUGCUGAAAAACUUGCGGCAGCUAUUCUAGUUGAAAAGUCAAAACUGGGUUAUUGAAUUUAAAUGCAUCAUCUUGGUGUUCUUAUUUCUCAGCCCAAAUGCUGAGGUAGCUUACAUUUGUGAGAUUAUUCAGAAUAAGAUGAUAAAAUACUCUACUUCCUAUACAAAAGGGAAUAUUUUGUGUUUUCAUAACUACCUUUUAGACUUUGUAUUAUUUAAAGCUACAGUUUUCCAUAGGAAAAUAUAAAAUGUGUAUUUUAAAGCACCUUUUAAAUAUUUACUUGUGAUAAAAUUUACUGUUUUAAUCUGAUAUAGCAGUAUUAGUAAGCCUGAGUGUGUUUUUUUUUUCAUCACAGUGCAUUUAGUGGCUUUUGGCACUUUUUCUUCAGCAUUUAACGAAGUAUUAAUGGUAAAGAUAUAUUAGUGCAGGUACCUUUACUACCACUAAUUGAAUAGUGUGAUAAAAACAUCUGUGAUUUCCGAUUAAUGGUAAUUUAAAAGCCAAGUAGAAAUGCUCAUGAUAUAUAUUAUUUCAGGAUGUAAUAAUUGAAGUUGCAAUUAAAAGCAACCUUUUAAAUUUAUUUAAAAAUAUAUUCUAACCUUUUUAAUUAAUGCACUAGGUCUGUGGUGUUAUAAGAAAGCCUAAUUUAUCUUGCCACAUUUUUUUUUACAAAGUGGAAACAAACAGAUUAUCUGUUUAAUUUCAGUAAGUGUUGUUUCUGGUAUUUUUAAUGGAUUUUUGUCUGCUGCAGUGCUAUGGUUGUCAUACAAGAUAUAUUAGCAAUCAGUUCUAUUUUAACUGUUGAGUAUACUGCAACUGCAAGCAAAAUCCAGAAUAAGCAGAAAUGACCUUUCAUUGUUGAUGCAAAUUGUAUCUGUUAUAAAAAUGAAAUCUCUAGUAGUUUUAAAUUUGUACUUGUGUAAAUGAGAUUAGGGAUUAUUUGGGCGGCAUUUUACCAGAUCCUUGAAAAAAAUCAUUGGUUUACAGAAUUAUUCAAUCUUUCCUUUCACUAGUUAGCAAAACUGAGAGUUAGAAGAUAUUGCCAACUGAACAGAAAAAUCCUACAUUUGGUUUUUGUGUGUUUCUCUUCGCAGAUAUUAAACAGAUCUGCUCAGGGUAACACAUACAAACACUGCUCAGUGCUUUUUUUUAAAUACAGCUUAAAUUGAAGCUCAAGUUACAAGGAGUUUAAUCACUUCAUAUUUAUUUUUCUGUUUGUUCUUGUUUCUGUAGUUUCUUGGUUUGAAUUUUCACAGAUCUGAGUCUCAUUUCUUUAUAGUCAGGCUGCAAGCUGUACAAAGGAAAAAUUGCUAUAAAUGUAUGCUUACUUAAUAGAUUCCUAGUUGUUAAAUUCAUUGAUUUCAGGAAAAUAACCAUAGUUUUAGCUUUGCAGCAUGAUCAUCAAUUUUAUUUAAUAUGCAACUGAAUGUAUGCAAAAUAUGCUGAAAGGAAAUAAAAUUGUAAAAAUCUAAUUGCCUGCCAUUAUGAAAGAGGAUCUAGUGCAUUCCCGACGUACAUGACAAAUAAACUCUUCUUGGGUUUCUAGCUGAGUACAAUCGAUGUUUCGAUGACAAACUCUAAGAAGAUGGCAGUUUGUCAUCAAAACUUUGGUUAUAAUCGAUAGCUAUACUCGGCUGGAAGUCCGAGAAGGGUUUAUUAUAUUGAUACUUAUCUGAGGGUGAAUUUUUUUUAAUCAAAACUGAAAAUUCUAUUUCUUAGAACCUACUCAGUACUGCACAAUAUCAAAUUUCUAAUUUUUCGGCACAUUUUUUUUUCAGACUCACUAUUGAAUGACCAAUUCACAUUUUUCUUUUACUUUUUACUCAGUGAGUUUAUGCAUUCCAUGCAAAAUACCGUCUUGCAGCCAGAUCAAAAGAAAAUGAGACUUGCAUAUUUGAAUGGAUAUUUUGUACUUCAAUAUGUCAGUUUAACAAAUGAAUUACAAAAUUUCAGGGAACAUGGUAAAAUGGAUCCUAAAACCACGUCCAACACACCUAAUAGAAUAACCUUUUCACUACUUGUGUGACACUAUGUGUGACAGUAAGUAGAUUUGGGUAAGAAUGCUUUUUUAACAGGGCAUUGUGCUUAUAGACAUAACUGAUACUCUGAACCAUGUUCAGUACAUUUCCAAAAUAAAUUGUAAUAUAAGUAUUUUUUCCUCAUCUGCAGUACAAUGCUGUUGAUUUUUGAAUUGCACGCAUCCCAGUAUCAUUGUAAGGCUUCAAGUUUGUAAUGGUACUAUAAAAUCUAGUGUAUCUAUUGAAAAGUUUAAGGAACUUUGUAUGCCUCUAUCAGUAUUAGAAUUUUGAAAUGAUAUUCAUGAAUAAUUGGAUUAUUUUAUUGUUUUCCAUUUUGUGUCAACUGAUUAAUUUAUCAGACGGUUUUGAGCUACAACAGUA